CAACAACAACAGCAGCAGCAGCAGCAGCAAAGACAAUCCAAUCAUAAUCCAUGCUCGAAGUUGCUAAUAUUGCUUUUACAGCAACAGCAACAUCAGCAGCAGCAGCAGCAACAGCAACAGCAACAGCAGCAGCAGCAGCAGCAGCAGCAUGAGCAACAACAACGGCAACAGCAACAGCAGCAGCAACAACAGCAACAACAACAACAACAAAUGCAUCACCAUCACCAUCAUCAGCAACAACAACAACAGCAACAGCAGCAGCAGCAACAACAACAGCAACAACAGCAGCAGCAGCAACAACAACAGCAGCAGCAACAGCAAUCGUCUCGCUCGGCAGCUAGUCCGUUGUCGCCGCCACGUCCUGCACCUGGCAGCGCAGCGGCUGCAGCGGCAGCGAAUAACUAUGCAAAGUUCGCAGAUGCGCCGCAGCAUUUUAUACAGCCAGCAGCAUAUACCAUUGGCGUCGCACCGGUGGCCAAUUAUCGGGAGAAUCAUUAUAUGCGGAUACCACCCCAGUUGCAGGCAACGGUGCCGGACUUUCAGCGGGCGGCGCGUGCUGCAUCUGUGGCUGCCGUUGCUGCUGCUGCCGGUGGUGCACUGUCGGAGCCGCUGGGCAGCGUGGGUCAGCCGUAUAAGAAGCAGCGAUUGAGUGACGCCAAUGCCAGCAACAUGAAUCACCUGCCACAGCACCAGCAACAGCAGCAGCAGCAGCGCUCUUCACCCGCUCAGCAGCAGCAGCAGCAGCAGCAACAACAACAACAUAAUAGUCGACAGAGCAAUCAUGGCGCUGUGUUGCAUAUGUCCGCUGCGGCAGCAGCUGCCUCUGUUCUCACACCGCUGGCCAUGCAGCAGCUCAAAGCGCAUGCACCACGUGGUCUGGUGGCACCGCCAACGAUGUCUACAGCCACUGGCAGCAUUGGUUGUGGUCCAGCGCAACACCUUAGUUCGGUGAGCGUCUCCUCGGCGGCGAUGAGCAGCAGCAACAGCAGUGGCAGCAGCGGCAGCAGCAGUAUUGGCAACGUUGCACAUGCUGCAGCAGCGAUGGCAAGCAGUUCCGAAGCAUACCAUCCACAGCAACAGCAGCAGCUGGCAAUGGCUGCGUCAUCGUCAACGUCAACGUCAACGUCAGCGUCAGCGUCGUCGUCGUCGUCGUCGGCGCCAGCGACGGCAACUGAUGGCACUGAGAUUAUGGAGCUGGCGUGGCGCACCCGAAUGCUGGCGCAGAGCAUCUAUAAGGCGAACCGUAAAACGGCAGCCGAGCAACAUUCCCUGGUUAGUGCGGCGGUUGGCGUUGCCAACAGCAAUGACAGUGGCAGUGGCAGUGGCAGUGGCAGUGGUGAUGAGCUGGGAAAAUCACGUCCCUGGCUGCCGUUGUACAAUCAACCGUUGGAUGUGGAGGCGCUGACGCAUCUGAUUAAGCGACACCAGACACUGGUGCGCAAUCCGCUGUUGCAGCACAUACGCAAACUGAAAGCGGAACGCUGGGAGCACAAUCAGGGUCUUGUCGAUAAGUAUACCAAGGAUCAGGCCGAUUGGCAGCGACGCUGCGAACGGGCCGAGGCCAGUGCCAAGCGGAAGGCGCGCGAGGCCAAAAAUCGUGAGUUCUUCGAGAAGGUGUUCACCGAACUGCGGAAACAGCGCGAGGACAAGGAGCGUUUCAAUCGUGUCGGUUCGCGCAUCAAGUCCGAAGCGGAUCUCGAGGAGAUUAUGGAUGGGCUGCAGGAGCAGGCGCUCGAGGAUAAAAAGAUGCGUUCAUAUGCCGUCAUCCCGCCGCUGAUGCACGAUGCCCGGCAACGCCGUUGCGCCUAUCACAAUGAGAAUGGUCGCAUUUGGGAUAUGGUCGCGCUGCACGAACAGCGCAAAGCCAUCAAUUUGUGGACAGCCGGCGAGAAGGAGACCUUCAAGGAGAAGUAUCUGCAGCAUCCGAAAAACUUUGGUGCUAUCGCCGCCAGUUUGGAUCGCAAAUCGCCGCAGGAUUGCGUCCGCUACUACUACCUCAGCAAAAAGACGGAGAACUACAAGCAGCUGUUACGCAAAUCCCGCCAGCGAACACGCAGCAGUCGCCAUCCGGCCAAGGCCCAACAGCAGCAGCCCCAAUGCAUCAUCGAUUCGCUGACGACGGGCGUGACGACGCGACUGCAACGCGAACAGCAACAGAAGUCCGGCAAUCGGUGCAGUGCCGUUGCCGAGCGCGAGCGGGCCGAACGUGUUGCGGAACGGGAGCGUGUCGCCGAGCGGGCAGCAGCGGACGCGGCCAAGGCGGCCGAGUGUGCCGCCGAGAAGGCGAGUGCCGUUAGCAAAGCGGCCGAAGCGGCUGCCGGCAGCGAGAAGGUGGCCAAAAGUGUGGCAGCAGCAGCGGCAGCUGUGGCAGCAGCUGCAGCGGCAGCGGCAGCAGCAGCUAGCGACAAGGCGGAUAAGAAUGCAACAGCCGCAGCAGCAGCAGCGGAGGAUGCAGCAGCAGCAGCAGCAGCCGUAGCAGCAACAGCAACAGCAACAACAACUGCAAGAGCAGCUGGCAAAGCGGCAGCAAAAUCAAAAGCAGGUGGUGCAACAGCAGCAGCAGCACAGCAGCAGCAGCAGCAGCAGCAACUUCAGUCACAGCAGGAGCAGCAGCAACAACAGCAACAUGUACAACAGUGGCAACAACAGCGGCAACAACAGCAACCACAACAGCAGCAGCAGCGACAACAACGACGACAGCAACAGCAACAGCAACAACAGCAGCAGCAGCAGCAGUAGCAACGGCAAUCAGUGAGGCAGCUGCAGCGACAACGCCCAAGGCGCCCAAGUCGCAACUGCAACAGCCCGAUGGGAGCCUAGUUCCGGACAAAGCAAAGGCAGCGAAGGCGGAGCCACCAGCGGAAACGGAAACGGAUCAGCUGGGCAAGCAGAGCAAAGCAAAGGCCUCCAAUGCCGAUAGCUAUAACGCCACUGGUGCCUCAGCAGCAACGGCAGCAACAUCAGCGUCGGCAGGUGCCACGACCACAACAGCAGUGCCCGCGGUUAGUGUGGCGAUCAACGGGUUUAAGCCCGGCUAUCAGAG